AAUUUCAAUCAAAUCUGUCAACUAAUGAGAGUUGGUGUCAGCGAGUCGGAGGAUUCCGACGGUCACGUCAUCGAAGAUGAAGAUCUUGAGAUGGCUAGACAAAUCGAGAACGAGCGAAAAGAGAAAAGAGCUCAAAAAUUGAAGGAAAAACGAGAACGAGAAGGAAAGCCUCCACCGAAAAAGAGACCUGCUAAAAAGAGAAAAGCUUCAUCGUCAGAGGAAGACGACGACGACGAGGAAGAAUCUCCAAGAAAAUCUUCGAAAAAAUCCAGAAAACGUGCAAAAUCCGAGUCUGAAUCUGAUGAAUCUGAUGAGGAAGAAGACCGAAAAAAGUCGAAGAGUAAAAAGAAAGUAGAUCAGAAAAAGAAGGAAAAAUCGAAGAAAAAACGAACAACAUCAUCAUCAGAAGAUGAAGAUUCAGAUGAAGAACGGGAACAAAAAUCGAAGAAAAAGUCGAAAAAGACGAAGAAACAGACAUCUUCAGAAUCAUCGGAAGAAUCGGAGGAAGAAAGAAAAGUGAAGAAAUCGAAGAAAAAUAAGGAGAAAUCAGUGAAAAAAAGAGCUGAAACAUCGGAAGAGUCAGAUGAAGAUGAGAAACCAUCGAAAAAGAGCAAAAAGGGUUUGAAGAAGAAAGCAAAGUCGGAAUCCGAAUCCGAAUCUGAAGACGAGAAGGAAGUGAAGAAGUCUAAGAAAAAGAGCAAGAAGGUUGUUAAGAAAGAAUCUGAAUCAGAAGAUGAAGCUCCAGAGAAGAAAAAGACAGAGAAACGGAAACGCUCAAAAACCUCGUCGGAGGAAUCAUCAGAAUCGGAAAAAUCAGACGAAGAGGAAGAAGAGAAGGAAUCUUCACCGAAACCCAAAAAGAAGAAGCCUCUGGCUGUGAAGAAAUUGUCAUCAGAUGAAGAAUCGGAAGAAUCUGAUGUUGAAGUGCUUCCACAGAAAAAGAAGAGAGGAGCAGUGACACUGAUCUCAGAUUCUGAAGAUGAGAAGGAUCAGAAGAGUGAAUCUGAAGCUUCAGAUGUUGAAGAGAAAGUUUCAAAGAAGAAGGCUAAGAAGCAAGAAUCUUCGGAAAGUGGAUCCGAUUCAUCGGAAGGAUCUAUUACAGUGAAUCGUAAGAGUAAGAAGAAAGAAAAGCCGGAAAAGAAGAAAAAGGGAAUUAUUAUGGAUAGUAGCAAGCUUCAGAAAGAGACCAUAGAUGCAGAGAGAGCAGAGAAAGAGAGAAGAAAACGAUUGGAGAAGAAGCAGAAAGAAUUUAAUGGAAUUGUACUUGAAGAAGGAGAAGAUCUAACUGAAAUGCUCACAGGAACAUCAUCUCAAAGAAAACUGAAAAGUGUAGUUCUUGAUCCUGAUUCUUCAACUGUAGAUGAAGAAUCAAAGAAGCCCGUGGAGGUUCACAAUUCGCUGGUUCGAAUCCUGAAACCUCAUCAAGCACAUGGAAUUCAAUUUAUGUAUGAUUGUGCUUUUGAAUCAUUGGAUCGUCUUGAUACUGAAGGAUCUGGUGGUAUUCUUGCUCAUUGUAUGGGUCUCGGAAAGACACUUCAAGUCAUUACAUUCCUUCAUACUGUACUAAUGCACGAAAAGAUUGGUGAAAAGUGUAAACGAGUGCUCGUUGUUGUGCCAAAGAAUGUGAUUAUCAAUUGGUUUAAAGAAUUUCAAAAAUGGUUGGUCGAUAAUGAUGAGGAACUUGAUACUAUAGAUGUUAAUGAACUUGAUUCAUACAAGACGAUCGAAGAUCGGAGAAGAGCUCUCAAAGCGUGGCAUAGCUCGAAAACGCCCAGUGUGAUGAUUAUUGGAUACGAUUUGUUCAGAAUUCUCACCGUAGAAGAUGAUCCGAAAAAGAAGAAGCCAAAGAAUCGAAAUCGUCGUUUGGAAAAAGCCAAAGAAGAUUUCAGAAAAUAUCUUCAAAAUCCGGGACCUGAUAUGGUUGUGUGUGACGAGGCCCAUAAGCUAAAAAAUGAUGACUCAGCACUAUCAAAGUGUAUGGUGAAGAUUCUAACAAAGCGGAGAAUCUGUUUGACGGGUACACCACUUCAGAAUAAUCUUAUGGAAUAUCACUGCAUGGUUAACUUUGUGAAACCAGGAUUACUGGGAACAAAAACCGAAUUUGCGAAUCGUUUCGUGAAUAUUAUUAAUCGAGGAAGAACAAAAGAUGCGUCUCCAUUGGAAGUUUCAUUUAUGAAACGACGUUGUCAUGUUCUUUAUGAUCAUUUAAAGAAAUGUGUGGAUAGAAAAGAUUAUCGUGUGCUCACCGAAGCGAUUCCACCAAAGCAGGAAUAUGUCAUAAACGUUCGACAAACUGAACGACAAUGUGCACUUUAUAACGCAUUCCUGAACGAUAUUGUUGGAGAUUCUGGUCUAUCGAAACGACUUCUUCCGGAUUAUCACAUGUUCUCACGUAUUUGGACUCAUCCUUAUCAGCUUGUUCUUCAUGAACAAAGAAUGGAAAGAGAACGAGUAAUGAGAGAAGAUGCAGAGGAAGAAGCUGAUUUUAUUGAUGAUGGAGAUGGUAGUGAAUCUGAAUCUGAAGGAAGUUUCAAGUCAGGAUCUGAAUCAGAUUCUGGGAAAAGUGUUGUUUUAUCGUCAGAUGAUGAAGGAUCUUCGAAGAAAAAGAAAAAUGGAAAUAAACCAGAAAUCAAGAAAACCGCACCACAAAAGAAGAGAAAGUUCUUAAAUUCUGAUGAUGAAGAUGAAGAAGAUGGUGAAGAUACAGCUAUGGCUAUUCUUCAAGAUGGAAUUCGUCAAUCGAAGAGAUUAGCUGGAGAAGAAGCAGAUUUACGAGAUACUGAUACUCCACCAGAGUAUACUGGAUGGUUUGCCAGAUUGGGAUUGGUUAAAGAAGAGGAUAGAGAUGAUUUUGCAUUAAGUAAUAAGUUGAUUCUUCUCGUUGAGAUUAUCAAGAAAUGUGAGGAGAUUGGAGAUAAAUUACUCGUGUUCUCUCAAUCACUGGAGUCUCUCACUUUAAUCAAACGAAUGCUUGAGUAUAUGGCUGGAACUGGUCAAUGGUUUGCUGAUGGUCAUGAAGCAUUGAAUGCAGAAGGAGAAGAGACAUGGUCAUGGCUUGAAGGAGAAGAUUAUAUGACAAUUGAUGGAUCUGUUCAAUCGGGGAAACGUGAUGCCGUGCAAACGUCAUUCAAUGAUCCGUUGAACUUGAGAGCUCGUUUAAUGCUCAUCUCGACUCGUGCAGGAUCGCUCGGAACCAAUAUGGUCGCCGCAAACCGUGUCAUCAUCUUCGACGCCUGUUGGAAUCCAUCUCACGACACUCAAUCUCUGUUCCGUGUCUAUCGUUUUGGACAAACGAAACCUGUGUACAUCUACAGAUUUAUUGCCCAGGGAACAAUGGAAGAACGUAUCUAUAAAAGACAAGUCACGAAGGAAUCGACAUCGAUGAGAGUUGUAGAUGAAGCACAGAUUCAGAGACAUUAUUUGGGAAAUGAUUUAACUGAACUCUAUCAAUUCACACCUUCUACAUUUGAUCCCGACGUUGAAAUUUCAUGUGCUCCACCCAAAGAUCGGCUUCUCGCAGAUGUCAUCCAUAAGAAUCAACAUGCAGUUGUGGAUUAUAUUGAGCAUGACACACUUUUCGCUAAUGUCGAAGACGAGAAGCUCACUGAGCAAGAAAUGAAGGAUGCGUGGACAGACUAUGAGAAGGAUAAAUCUGGAAUGCCUGUUCGUGCUCAAUAUGCGGCGCCACCAAUGCCAGGAUUCCCGAAUGGAAUGAUCGUUGGACAGAAUGUUCAAGCAUUACUUCAGAACCGAAUGAAUCAAGGAAUCCGUGUUGAUCAAAUGCAACAUGACAUACUGUUCAAAGAGCUUCAGAAAAUGCGAAUCAAGGAUGCAGGAACUGCAGUCAAAAUUGUGCUCCUGAGAAACUUGCUCGAGCAGAUUCUUCCGUAUAUUCCGGAUGAGAUGCGUGGUGGAAUGAGCGAGUUUAACACUCAUUUUAUUCGUCUUGUUCAUGAAACUGAUCGAAAAAUGGAGACGCCUGCUGAUUUGCUGCGUAAAUCGCUGGAAUCCUUCAAAACAGUCAUCAAAAUGGUCAAAAUGAUUCCAACAUGCCGUGAACCAUUGGCUCGAAUGACUCGUGAUUAUCCGUAUCUUUUUGCCUAAAUUAUUUAUCUCCUCUUUAAAUGUUCCAAAAUAAUGUAUUCUUUCCCCGGAUAUUUAUCAAUUGAAGAUCUCUUCCUUUCUUUAACCCCCUCAUAUAUGCUUCCUGAAUAUAUUCACCCACACCAUAAUUUUUAAUUAAAAAUCCCGAAGUUAAUUUAUUCCCUUUUCUUUGAAGUUUUUUUUGUCAAACUGUAUUAUGAAUUUUAGUAAAAU